AUGAGUGAUAAUGUUGCAAGACAAAAAUCAGCUAGGUGGGUAACCGAAGUGCCCAAUUACGGAGAUUGGGGCGAUGAGGAUUACGAUGUUUAUGACGACAAUAGCUCCACAGAGAAUGUACCAGUUACCAACUCACAAUCAAAUCAAGGAGGGUGGAAUCAGCGCGAUGUGGUGCACGAAGAGGAAGCCAUAGUAGACGAGCAUACACACGUACGCUCUGAUAAUCUUGAUGAAAAAGUAAACCGGGGAGAAAAUGCACAGACUAAAGCCAGUAGUCCGUUGGUUUUAUCUAUUGAUAAGCUCGAAAAUACAGCAGAUACAGAUAGCAGUGAUGAGGAGGAGAGGGCGGAAGACCAAGAUGUUUACAAGCCAACUGUACAUGGAGACAGUACCAAAAAUGAAGAAAGAGUGAAUGCUUUACCACGUAGAGCUAGUACAUAUGAAGAAGUAGUACCUGGGGCAUUCAGAGACGAUGCAAAGAUACAUAAUGCACUGGUUGCUGCCACAAAUUCAAAUGAAGAUCAUCAUGAAAAUGUGCAUACACUGAGAAAUGCACAUUACCAACUGGAGAAGAGCGAGUUUGUUGUACCACCAACGCCUACGUUCAGUGAGUUUUCUGGCCAUUCAAACUAUCCAGAGACAUUUUCUGAAGCAAGUUUCCAAUCAGAUUCUUCAAUUCAAAGGGAACCGGUGAGUUUAUCAGUCAAGGAUUCAACGUGGGCCAACACGAGUGAUGCAGUUUUGGAAGAAUCAAAUGAUUACAAUAUCAAAGAGCAAGAGCUGGAGCAAGAGCUUGAGUCGGAGAAGUUGGUUCUUUCGAUAGACAAAAAAGAGAAUGACAAUGAUGAUGAUGACAACGAUGAUGAUGAUAGUACUGAUGAUGAUUGGGGGUACCACGGUAACGACACUUCCGAUGAUGAUGAUGAAGAAGCAGAAAAAGAUAAUGAACAUUUGAAUGUUGGGGCUGAACAUGAUAUCGACUCAUAUAUCAAUGAAUUGAGCGGAAACGCUUCGAUUGACAAUGAUGGUGAUUCUGUAACAGCGCCAAAAGUUGAUACCACUCUUGUCGACUCCCACACUUUUGAUACUGUAAGCCAUGACGAAGUUGAGAGCCCCAUAGCUCCAUUAUCCAUAGCUCAACAACACAAUACCUACGUGAAUGAAAUAGCGAGUCGAAGACUGUCAGUGAGGAAAGCACCUGCUCGAAUGGAAUCCGGUGACUACUCGAAUAUUUUAAGCGGAUACGGUGAUGAAGAAGAGUCCCAUGUGGAUUCUCAAGCUGGACAUGAUCGCAAGGAGAGUGUUGAACUAGUGCCACCAAAUGCAGAUGUACGUUCAGUACUUUCCAGUGGGUCCUUAUCAACAGGAAAACUUUCAUUGGAGUCAAAGACUUUUCAGAAACCUGAACUCAAUGAGGAUGAUGAUUCGAAUUCACGAAGAGUGUCACAAGCUACGUUGAGUUUCGGCAACUGGGUACCAAAUACAGACAAUUAUCGGAACAAAUUCAUCAACGACAAUGAUAAUGAGUCAACUAUAAACUUCGACUCCGACGUCGCGUCAAAGUACAAUAAAUUUACAAAAGUACGGAAUCCAUCAGGACUUUCAGAUGUCGUUUCCAAUGCCAGUUCUUUAUCCGUUCCAGAAACGAUAGACGCUGUAAUGCCUAGCAUCCAAGAAGACACAGACGACGAGCUCCAACAAGACCUGUUUGCUGAGACCAAAUCAAACGACAAAUUGGAACCUUUCAUGACACAAGAUUCACUUUUCGAAGCCAAACCUUACCAAAAGCCAGUUUUUGGUGAGGAACGAUUAACACCAGCAGCUUCGAAAGAAAAUUUACCGCAAAAGUACUCUAGUUUGCUCCCAAUGCAAGAGAGGAAAGCAUCAGAUAGCUCCGACGAGGUUGGUACACAAUCGAGAACAGUAUCUUCGAAUAGCAAUUCAACAACUGUUGUGACAUCGGCACCCACUACAUCAACAACAUCAGAUUUUAAAUCAAGUCCUUAUCCAGUUUCUAAUUGGAAGACUAUAGUCACAAUCUCGCAACCAGUCGAUAGAAUAGCUGCAUUUAAAAAAGCAUUAGAGGAUGAGGCGGCGUACGAGACAGGCUUGCAAUAUUGGCUAAAUUACACAUUAAAGCAAAGUCCAGAUAUUGGUAAUAAUAUCCAUAUUGGUCGUAUAGCAUCUCAAGCUUACCAAAAUGCCGCUCACAAUGAUUUAAGAAGACAUGGAUCGUUAAGAAGUAAAGUAAAUGUGAUGAAAGACAAGGUUGAGGGCACGGGCUCAACAGCGUCUAAUUUUGGUAAGAAACUAUUUAGUCGUAGUAGGAAGUUUAUUUCUGGUGAUAAGUAA